AUGUUACAUGUAACAAACAAAAAUGAAACCAUAAAAUGUUCAGAUAAAGAGCCCCUCGUGAUGAGAAGUUACAGUGGACAGAAAACUGUGUCAAUUAUCUAUGAUCUUCAAAGAGAUCAUAACCCAUCGUUCAAACAAAAACGUCAGAGUUUUAAUAAUAUCACAAUUGUCCCAGUUGAAGAACGACAGAGACGUUUAUCGUUUCGAAGAGACAAUCAAAUUUCACUGGAAUCAAUUCAGCAUGAAAUUAACCUGUCAAAGAAAACGCAUUCAUUUUGCUUGAAUCUACCAGUCACUACAAUAGACAGUCGAAGAGUUGUGAGCAAACUUUCCGACAAUACUGUUUAUUACAGACCAAUGAGAAGCUGCAAUUUGAGUUAUGGAUUCAUUUUGUCUGAGGAGACUUCAAAUAAUGGAGACGAUGUUUCUAGUAAAUCCAGAAAACCUCGUUCAUCUGCUUCUUCAAGUUCAUCAGUAUCGAUAUUAGGAUCCGUGCCAGCUUCAACAUCAUCAUCAGCGUCAUUUAAUCAAAGAAAACAUGUAGUAAAAGAAUUAGUGAAAACACAAGUAGACUUUGUAUCAGAUAUGAAAAAUGUCUUGACUGCAUUUGAUUCUGUUGGUUUAACGGUUACUGAAUCCAAUCGAUAUUCAUUGUUGGGAAAUUUGGAUCAAUUGGUACGUGUUUCUGAUGAUAUUUCAACGGAGUUACAAAAAGAAAUAUCUACAUAUAGUGAUGACCAAGUUGGUAAUGCAUGUAUCGCUACAUGUAUAAAUUCGUUCAGAUUAUCUAUAAAUGAAGCAUUGAAGACGUAUAUCUUAAAUUUUUCAGUAGAUGCUUCAACAAAGAAUACAGAAAUUCAAACAUUUUCCGUGCUUGGUUUCAAAAAUCUUCAAAGCGAACGUCCAAAUAUAUUGACUUUAAAUGAUGAAUUAAUUAAACCAGUUCAAAGAUUAGUUAAGUUAAAACAACUGUUUGAAUUAUUGAAAGAUGUAACACCGAUAAAUCAUCCAGAUUGUUUGGCAACUACGCAGAUGUUCAAUAACUUUGAUCAAUUAGCCUAUGAGGUGAAUGAAGUCAAACGAUGGAAAGAGAUUUGUGCCAGUGUUUCUGAAGAAACGCGAAAAUAUUCCCUAUUUCAAUUAGUUGACAAGAGCACUAAAAGAAUAAUAGCAAAGGCUGCACGUAGCUCAGGCUCAGAAGCUACUCGUAAAAUUCAGCAAAGGUUUCUAACAGAACGAGAAGCCAUAAAUCACAUCGAGAAAUCAUGUGCAUUAUUACAGAGUGCUGUUGAGUCUCGAUGUAAGAAAACUCGGAGAUUUAUAUUGGCACAGAAAGACUUUAUCUUUUUUCUGAAAAAAGUAUUUUUACAACGAAACACAAUUAAACUUCAUUCUGAUAUACCAACAACUAAUUGUUCAUCAAAUGAAUUACCUAUCGAUUUAAUAAUAAAUUGUGAAAUUGCAUUUGAUACAUUAAUUCAUUAUAUGAAUGAUAUAUAUUUGAGAAAAAUGUCAUCUAGUGUAGUUAAUCGUUUAAAUGAAUUGAAAAAAUUAAUAAAUCUUUCAAAGCGUCUUUUGGAUAAAUACGAUAAUACAGAAUUGAACAUUGUUUUAAUGGAGGCUUCAAUGAAAAACCAUAAAAAUGUUCAAGCUGUUGUUAAUAUGCAAUUACAAAGAGAAGACAAUAUACGAAAUCUGUCUACUUUACAGUUUGGACUACAACAUAUCCUACCUUCAUUGGUAAAAAGUGCAAAUAACAUUUUAUUAUCAGCUAGUCAAUACGCUUUUAUACUUCAAUCAAAUCUUAUGCAAGAAGCUGAAAAUUUAGUUCACAAGUGUAUUAACGAUACUGAAAAAGACAAUAUAUCUAUACAACCUGGAUGUAAUAUACCUCCUGCAGAACUUAUUAUUCGUCUAGAUAAAUUAAAAUCUCUUCUCUACGAAAAAAAACGCUGUCGAACUCAUAGAAUAUAUGAAGUACCUAGUGUAUUUAAAUGGGAAGAAGAAUCAACGUGUAGUGACAAGAAUAAUUUACCUCAUCAGGAAUCUCCUGUAAUGUCAGUUAGCAGUCAUCUAUCAAAUUCAGAUAUAGAUAUCCAACCCUGUCAAACAAUUUCAACUAGAAGUGUUAUUAAAAAUUCCUUAUCACCAUAUCCGGAAAUGAAAAUUAUUUAUCGUGAGUCUGAUUACCAACAGGAGAAAAAACUGUGCAGGAUUUCUUCAGGUGAUGACAUUAGAUAUAUAAGUGUGAGAGAACAACCUUCAACUUCAAAACUCUGUAUGAAUGAUGAUUUUCCCGAUAAACCAACUCACAGAAUUACUCAUGACUUUUCGUCUAAAAACAAAAAUGUUCUAAUAUUUUCCAAAGGUCAGUUAGUGACAAUCAUAAGAUCUUAUGGUCAAAAUGGGAAUACUAAUUGGAGUUUGGUCAAAUUUCAUCCAUAUGGUGAAAUUAAAUUCGUACCAACUAACUAUCUCGAAGCAAUAUGA